AUGCUCCACCACUCAAAGAUUGACAUGAUAUUCAAGUCGCUUCGCGACAUCGUUGUCAUUGGCGACAACGAUAUGGUCAUCACCGAUAUGAAUCGUCCUGCGUGUGAGUUUUUUGGCAGGAGCGUUGGCGAGGUACAAGGCAAAAGCAUUACCUUCCUCAUUCCCAAAUACCCUCUUGAUGUGGAAGAUGGCACGGUGACGCUUGUGGCCAGGCUAAAAGACUCCGUCGACAUUCCUGUUGUCAUCCAGGCGACGCGGGAUCCGCAGGCCAGUAUGGUGGGGUGGACCAUCCUGCCCAUCAUUCUUCCCCGCGUGUUUGAUUUUGCGGUGCACAUGAACCUUCGUGCCGCCCUCACCCCAAAGCUUUCUGUGGACGACUUGGAUUUUCGCUCCCGCCGCGUUUUUGUACGCGUGGACUUUAACGUGCCGUUUGACAAGGCAACAGGAAAUAUACGGGAUGACAGCCGCGUUCGUGCCGCCGUCCCGACAAUUUUGAAAAUUGUCCGUGACGGUGGCCGUGUUAUUGUUGCCUCUCACCUUGGACGGCCUAAGAAGCCGGACGCUCGCCUUUCACUAAAGCGCGUCUUGCCCCGUUUUGAGGAGGUGCUAGGCAAAAAGGUUCUUUUUUGCUCCACACUGGAGGAGGCACCCAACAUGGUGAAGAACAUGGAAAAUGGCGAGGUCAUGCUUUUGGAGAAUCUUCGUUUCUUUCCAGGCGAGGACGCAACGCGAACUUCGGCGCGGAAUCGUAUGGCACUGCAGUUGGCCGCCUUUAGCGACAUCUACGUUUGUGAUGCGUUUGGUACGGUCCAUCGAAUGGCCGCAAGCAUGACGGGUCUUCCCCGUGUUUUAGGGGCUGGCGUGACGGGCUACUUGAUUAACCGUGAGAUUAAGGCUAUCAGCAUGGUGAUGCACAGACCCACACUUCCAGUGCUUUGCAUCGUGGGUGGGGCAAAAGUAUCCGACAAGAUUAUUGUGCUCUCGAGCAUCAUGAAUUUUGCCCAAAUAAUUAUCAUCGGCGGCGCCAUGGCGUACACGUUUCUUGAGGCACAGGGGCAUUCAUGUGGUAACUCCAAGGUGGAACGCAGCAUGCGGGAACGUGGACGGGAUUUGGAUCUCCACGCUGUCGCACGUGAGUUACUGGAUCGUGCACGAGCAAAGAAGGUACAAAUUAUUCUUCCCGUAGAUCAUAAAUGUGCCAAGACGUUCAGCAACGAAGAUCCUUUUACUACGACCGGGGCAGAUAUACCAAACGGUUACAUGGCUUUGGAUUUUGGCCCAAAGACGAAUGAAAUUUGUUCCAAGGCUGUGGCCAAGGCCCGAACGCUUCUUUGGAAUGGACCUGUUGGCGUCUUUGAGUUUCCAAACUUUGCUACAGGCACAAUUUCGUUGGCAGAGGCAAUCAAACGUAAUAAGCGACUGGUUUCCAUCGUGGGUGGGGGUGAGACAGCGGCGGCCACGACGCGUUACAGGAGCAGCAUCACGCACACCAGUACGGGGGGUGGAGCUUUUCUGGAGCUGCUUGAGGGGAAAGCCCUUCCAGGUCUCGUAUGUCUCACGGCACAGGCCGAACCCAAGUUGUAA